CAUAGUUAAUAAUUGAACAAUGAUUUGAAAAGUUUCGUAUUAAAUUUAGACAAAGAAAGAUUCUCUAACAAUCGAUCGAAAUUGGUAUAAAAAGCCCGAUUUGCUUGCAGUAAAUAGUUCAGUUUCAAACAUUUUCUGUUAACGAAAACAACUACAACAACAAAUCAAGGCAUCACCAUGAAACUUAUUUGCAGUAUUUUAAUCCUUGCUGGAGUUCUUGAUGCAUUUGCGAUGCAAAUGCCGAAAAUGGAGCUAUGGAAUAGGGCCUCAUCUGCAUGUAGGCAAUCAUAUGAUCGGGAAAAAAAUGCAAUAUUGAAUAAAUUCAAUGCGGCUAAUAAAGAUUGUGACAAUGCGCUUCAAGCCAGAUUAAAAAAACUCAAUGAAGGUGCAGCAGCUACAUUGAAAGAAUUAAGAACUAGUGUUGCCACCGUAUGCGCCAUUUCGGGUAAAUGCACGGAAUCGGGACCAGCUGCCGACAAUUUGAACUGUUUCAAAACAAAGGGUCAUGAAAGGGGUAAUACUUUAAAAUUGCUAUUGACUGAAGCUUCGACUGCUAGAGCUCAGCUACAGAAGGAUAUUGCAAAUGCCAAGGGUAUUGAGGCUGUUUGUAAGGAGAAAGCCGAUAUUCAAGAAAAUGAAGCUGCAGAUGCAGCACUGAAUAAAUUCUACGAUUGUGUUAAUGGCAAAACUCCUAGUCCAACACCACCAACUACAAAAGCUACAACACCACGAACUGAAGCUACAACACCACCAACUACAAAAGCUACACAAUAUUAUUUCCCCACAGAUAUUAUAUUUCCAUCAGGUGAUUGUAAUCGUUGGAGAUGUUGUUUUGGUGUAAAGUAUAUCGUUACGCCGAAAGAAUGUUAUAAUUGUUCGUGCUAAAUGCUGUAUGAGCAAAAUUCUGAAAGUCAAAAUUCUGUACAGUCAAAUUGUGGUUGGUCAAAAUACUGUAUUUCAAAAUUCUGUACAUCAAAACAUUGUAAAAAUGCUGUAAAAAAUAAAAAAAAGUGCGCUCGCACAUAAU